AUUGUGUAUGGAAAUUUCAAAACUGACUUUCACGAUAAUAUUGAACAUGUUAUUAAAUGAAGCAAUUAACUGAUGUGAACACGUAAAAAUAUUUAUGAAGAGACCAAAGAGAAUCUUUUCAGUUUAAGGGAAAUAAAAUAUGGAACUUUGGAGGAAAAAAUCACAAUUCUUAAUGUAAUAAUACGUUCCAAGUGAAUUAUUUAUCAAAGAAAUAUGAUAAUAUGUGCUUAAAGAUUUAGGAAAACUUUCAAAUACUAUAUAUUAAAAUGCUAUUUUAUUAGAACUUAUGAACUGAUAUUUAAUUCAAAAUCAUUAGAAAUAUAUUUAAUGUGAUAAUUUUGCUAUCUAUAUUCAUGCAUUUCAAUUGAAUAUAAUUGCGUCGAAUGAACAUUUUAAUAACUAAUUUCGUCAUUAGAAUACACAGGUUGGAGAAGGUACUUUUUAAUAAGCUUGCCUUUAUAAUGAGACGAAAAUUCACGAAUUUUCUAAUUAUUAUUAUAAGCAUUAAAAAAGGAAGACCCUAAAAUCUUGAAGAGUGUCUUGUUUAUACGCUAGUAAACUUGGCUUAGGCAUUUGUGGUUUAAUGUACUUCUGAGUUAUUUCAACUCGAUUGUGAAACACUACAUAUAACUCGCAGGAACAUAAAUCUGUAGGGCUAAAAAACGAGCCAUGGACUUUGUUGAACUGCCUGGUGAUGAUCCUACAAUCUAUACUUCUACUGAAGAGUGUGUGGAAAGAUAUCGGAAAAAUGACUCCCUACUAAAUGGAGAUGUUUAUUGUGAGCCAGUAUGGGACUCAGUUUUGUGCUGGCCUUCCAUCCCAGCAGGUCAAACGGCGUGGAAAUCCUGCCUGCAAGUACUUAAGUACGGAGAUGCAGUCGCAGAUGUAAAAAACUUAGUUAUUCCACCAGAAGCCAAAGCUUAUCGAAUUUGUGAUAAAAAUGGAAACUGGCUUUGGGGAAAUUGGACUAAUUACAACGAAUGUCUCAAUUUCACUACAACGGACUUGCCAAAAGCACCUCUGACAGUCAGUCUCAUUUUGUUAGUGUGUUCUCUUGUAUCGCUAUUUUUCUUGGCGCUUACAAUAUUCAUAUUUUUUUAUUUCAAAUCUCUUCAGUGUUCCAGACUUCGAGUACACAGAAAUCUAAUUGUUGCACUCAUCAUUCAUUCGUUAAUGUUGGUUAUUAUCUCAUUACCUGUAGUAGGUGGCGCUAGCAUACCAUCGUACCGAGAACUCGACUGGUUGUGUAAAAUCGUAGUAUCUGUGAAAAUGUACGCUGCUUUGUCCAGUAUAAAUUGGAUGUUUGUGGAAGGGAUGCUUUUACACAGUAGAAUAACGACUAAUAUUUUUCAGAAGGAUGCUCCAUUUAAGUUAUAUUAUUUCAUAGGUUGGGGUAUUCCUUUGGUAUUAAUUCUGAGUUGGUGUCUCACGAUGAACGCGAGCAUGAAUUCGCAUUGCUGGGAAGGCUACGGUCGCUCCUCCUAUGUUUGGAUAAUUACGGGACCUAUGAUUGGAGCACUUGGGAUCAAUUUGAUUUUCUUGGUGAACAUCAUCAGAAUAUUAGUUACAAAGAUGAAAACCAGUUCAACUUUCGAAAUCGUACAGAUCAGACGUGCAAUGAAAGCUACAGCGUUGCUGUUCCCUUUACUUGGUAUUACGCACCUGUUGUUUUGUGUAAAUCCAAGAGACGAAAGCAAGCUGGAAGAAGCUUACAUGAUUACUAACGCUUCAUUACAAUCUUCGCAAGGAAUAUUUGUUUCCAUUCUCUAUUGCUUCAUGAACAUUGAGGUUCAAACAGUGCUUCGCAAAGCGUACGUGCGUGCCGCCCUGCGUCGCAAUCCAAAUCACCGCUACACGUGGAAAUGUCGCACGUCCCAGAACAGCACGUACGUCUCUAACUGCGACACUUCUGUUGUCCCAGAAACUGCAACGAUACGGCCUGGUCCCAGUCCCAGAUCAGUGCACUUAAUGAGGGAAAUGCGACAAUAUGAUAAAGGAGCCCUCAGAAAAUAUGGAAGCACUCGAAAGAGUGGCGUAAACGGAAUGAAUAUAACAGAUGUUUGAAGAAAAAAAUGUUUUGAAUUCUUACAAGAUGCAUUCAUACAAGAAAAAAAGUCGUGAAAAAAAAAAAAGAUUUGUCUCAUCAGUCUUUCGACUUUGAUGUCAUUGUAUAUAAUGUAUUUGUUUUCAAAAAAGUUCAUUAAGUUUUAUCGUUUCUCACUGCAUAAGAAAUAUUGCAGAAUUCCCACCGUCAUGCUUCUAUGCAUGACAUGCACAAUUGAUCCUUUUCAACUAAUGAAAGAAUGAAUGAGGGCAAGCAUUAUUUAUGUAACAUUUUUCUCAGUUUAGAUUCGAAAUUAUCAUAUGACACAUUGCAAUAAACAAGAAUAAAUAAAAAAUAUGACUGAUAUAGUUUUUACGAACAAUUGAACUAAAAUCUAAGAUUUAAAAAAAUGGAAUUGA